CAAAUGUUCCAUUGCCUGUAUACAAAAUAAGGGCAGUCGGACCUCUUGCAGUUUUAUACUCUUUGAAUGAACCAUGCCAUUGAUGCAAUUUGCAUAUCAAAACAAAAAAAUCAAUGGAACUGUAAAGUAGGCCUAGUGAAGGAAGGGUAAUUAAAGCUGAAAGCCAGUGAACUACGUUGUGGUCUUUUAUACAGGUACAGCGGUUGGUCAUCAAAUUUAUUUGAUUCUGACAAACAGAAUUUCUCCGGCUGAAAACAGGGUGUUCAAUACCAAGACUAGCUGGCCAUCAGGCGUCGUCGAGCGAUGGGAAUGCCGCUUUGUCGGUUACGAUAUAGGGGAUUAAUCACACUGUUUAGCCUUAUGACCAUCUAUAUAUAUUACUGCGUAAUCCAGCUAACAAUUGAGGCGUAUGACGAAGACCCGUACUAUCAAGUGAGGAAAAAUAAUGUGCGGAACUUACGGACAUCAUCAGUAGCUUUUAAUCAAUCGAAGGUGCACAAUUCAACAAAUGAUGUGAAUUUGACUACAGUUGAAAAUAUAGCACACCAAGUAAUUAACUGCACUCAAUGUGAGCAUAAACAAGAAUUUUCAUGUAGAAAUAUUUCUGAUGUUAGGAUAAUUUCAAGUCUUGGUCAUGGCACAACAAAAGAGGUAUUUCGCGGGAAGUACGAUGGACGAGAAAUGGCGGUCAAAAUGGUGACUUCUAAAGUUUUGGACGUUAAAAAAUGUCUGGAGAGGAAAAUGUUUUGGAAACAAGAAGAGUGUUACAUAUUAGCAAAUUACAAGAUUCUUAAGGAGAUUUUAUUUGUAAGGCAGUUACAGCACCCAAAUAUUCUACAGACCACAAUCGAACUGCUGGAUUUACUAGACUAUUUCGCGCAUUCUCCGAUCGGCUCGCUGAUCAUGACCGAUAUAAAUACGUCACAGUUUCUCGUCGUCGGGGACAAGGUUAAGCUAGGAGAUAUGGACGACGUCUCCAGCGAGGAAGGGAAAUGUGAAACUAGUAGGGAUUGUUAUCUGGACAACAGAAACUAUGGUAUUCAGUGUGUGGUGAACAUAUGUAGAGGGAUUAAUUCCAAAUUCAACUUACAUUAUUUUAACAAGAAGAUAUUUAGCAAAAUUCUACUAACAGCACCAUCGACAUCGCUGAAGGAUGAAACCACUAGCGCGUUGAAUUAUAUAAAACAUCCGAAUUCAACGGCCGUCCAGAUCAAACAGUCCCUUCAACGAAUCUUGCUAAAAGCAACCAAUCCAUGACAGUACAAGCAAACGCUACAGAAUAACGCAGGUUUAAUUUCGGUUGUACACUGAUUUCUAUUGGAACUAGUGACCUACUCAGCUGGUUGGCGUUAUUCCGGCGGCCUAUUGGGGGUAAAAAAACUCCUAGAAACUAAGCGAUCAAGAAGGAGCCAUGCAGAAUAAUACGAAACUUUAAAAGAAAUCUAAAGUAAGAACAUGAAUAACAGCAAUAGGAAUAAAGGGAUUAGGCUCUAUGAUGUAUAUUUGGUUCAUUAAUAAAUCAGCCACAUUGGAGUCAAUAAGAAAAGUAGGCCUACUGUUGGCAAUUGGUCUAACCAUGGUCAAGGUGGUUAGACUUGCUAUACUUGGAAUAAAGUAUUGUGUAGUGAUGGUCCGUGGUGAUUUAACACACUACUAACAGUGCCAAUGUUUUCUGGUACUUACUUGGGCAUUGUGUAAUUUAAUACAGUACUAACUCAGAGUGAAACAUUCCAAUAUAGGCCUAUGUAUUCUUAAUAACUAAUUUAAUUUAUAAUAAUUAUUUAUGCCUUUUUUAUUAUAUUUUUUUAAACAAAUAAUUAUUAAUUUGUGAGUUUUAUAGCCAAGCUUUUAAUGACCUUAUAAAAGCAUAGAAUUUCGUAUGUGGUUAGAAUAGUGUAAAAUCUAUUGUUAAAUAUGACUCAUACGUCACACCUUUCCAGAAUCCCACUUUUCAUUUCAGAUUCUUGAGAAUAGAAAAACCAUAAUGUAUUGUUUUUUUUUUUAUAGGUUUCUAAAUUAUAUAUUCAAAAUACAAUAAGUUAUUUUUGCUAUUUUGCGAUCAGGGAUUACAAAUACAAAGAACAAAAUGAUACGCAGGGCUAAAGUAUGGGUGGAGUCAGGGCCGUAUCUAGGAUUGUCAUUAUUGGUGUGAGUGGGUGGGGGAUGUGGGUGAAUGGAACAACUGUGUUAUAAUACAUACGGUACUAUUCCUGGAGGGAUCAAGGGGCGGAACCGGUUGGAUCGCAGUUCGAUUUAUCAUUAAUUUCAAUGCGAUAGUUUGCUGGUUAAGGCUAAUAUUUAAGGGAUUCCAUUUAAAUAUGUAUUGAAUAAGAAAUGUUAUAUUUAGAACAUUCUUGACUGUCUUAAAAAUAUAGACAGACCGAUUCCUCCAGAGUAUGUACCGUAUACAAAAUUAUCAGACACGCUGCUAUAUUCCAGACAGAACACAGACUAUACCUAGGUAGCAAGCAAACAUGGACCUCAUAUGGGAAAUGCAUGGGCCAAAAUGUGGGCCCUACAGUUUGGCCACGGGAAUGAGCUGCCUGUGCACCCUAAAUCCAUAAGGGUCCCAUAAAGUUUGGGCCACAUGCAAAUGUGGGCCAUUUAAAGGAUAUAUUUAGGUCCCUUAAGGUUUGAACUAUGGUUUCAUUUGGGACCCGUAUGGGUUUGUCCAAUUUAAUUCAUGGGCCAAUUGUGGGCUCUAUCUGAGUUUUUAAGGGGUUGAAUCGGGGUUAAAAUGUAAGGGGACCCUAUAAAUUGGCCCAUAUGGGAAAGAGCUGCCUGUGCACCCUAAAUCCAUAUAGGUCCCAUAAAGUUAGCCCAAAUUAAUUUAUGGGCCCUUUAAAGAAUAUAUUUGGGCCCCUUAGAUUUGCAUUAUAGUUUCAUUUGGGACCCAUAUGGGAUUUACUAAAUUAAUUCAUGGGUCAUUAUUGGCUAUAUCUGGGUUUCUUGAGGAUUGAAAUGUAAGGGGCCACUUAUAUAUAAAUUGGCCCAUACAGGAAAGAGCUGCCUGUGAACCCAAAAUCCAUAAGAGUCUUAUAAAAUUCAUGGGCCCGUUAAGGAUAAUAUUUGGGCCCCUUAAGUUUGCAUUACGGUUUUAAUUGAGACCCAUGUGGGUUUUGUCCAAAAUAAUUGACUCCUGUAGACUUACAAAAUACACUGAGUUUAAGAUAUACAAACCAUAAUUUCUUUAGUUAAAAAAAAAAAAACAAAACAUAGCGGUACUUUAUGGGGUAUGGACUUGCAUACCCCUUCGCAUAUCAUUUGGCUUAGUCUUUACUUUUACGCUUACAGUCCUGUUUAUAUCAGCAGUUGUGUCAUACUUAUAAGCCUAUUAUAUUAUAGCAUCACUAGAGAUUAUAAUACACAGAACCAUCGUUUGCAUCAGGCGUGCAUAUAAACCAACUUUAUUAGUGUAUUGAAGCAGCAUCUCUCCAUAACUAUGCAUUUUCUUGUCCGAUGAAAAGGUAAAUGAAGAAUCUUACUAAUAUUUAAGAUAGUAUAUGAAUUCUGCAAUUGAACAAAUCAAGUUUGAAAUAUUGAAUCACAA